UCUUAAAACCAACAAAUGGCCCUUUUACGAAGAUGGCGCCGAAAGCUAAGAAGGAAGCCCCUGCCCCUCCCAAAGCCGAAGCCAAAGCAAAGGCUUUGAAGGCCAAGAAAGCGGUGCUGAAAGGCGUCCACAGUCACAAAAAAAAGAAGAUCCGCACAUCACCUACGUUCCGACGACCCAAGACUCUGCUUCUCCGAAGGCAGCCCAAAUACCCUCGAAAGAGCGCCCCCAGGAGAAACAAGCUUGAUCACUAUGCCAUCAUCAAGUUCCCCCUGACUACUGAGUCAGCCAUGAAGAAAAUAGAAGACAACAACACACUUGUGUUCAUUGUGGAUGUCAAGGCCAACAAGCACCAGAUCAAACAGGCUGUGAAGAAGCUCUAUGACAUUGAUGUAGCCAAGGUCAACACCUUAAUCAGGCCUGAUGGAGAGAAGAAGGCAUACGUUCGGUUGGCCCUUGACUAUGAUGCUUUGGAUGUUGCCAACAAAAUUGGGAUCAUCUAA